CAUAACUGCUUGUGUACUCGUGUGUGGGAGGACUGAAGUUGGCGACUUUGCCUUGGCAUGGAGAGAAAUCUGGCACCUGCGUCACUUUGGAACGAAUGCCAUUUCCAUUGUGUACCACCUGUUCACACAGAUUGUUAUUAAUCAUUGUGUACAUGUACAUUCCUUGCUCGACAGUGCACUGUCAUUCUGAAUCACAGACCCUCAAGGGCUGAAACAGAAAGAAAAACAAACCCUAACCAUGGAUUAGGUUGAAGAAAACGUUUUCAUCUGAAGUGUACAAGAUCCCAACACUAGCGAUGGUGGCCUUCAGUUGACGUGAAGAUUUCACUCGCCGGCAAUCCUUUGAAUUGAUAGCAGAAAACAAAGAAGUGUUCGAAGAUUUCUGUCGCUUUCUGUGCGCGCGUGUGCGAGUGUGAAAUACCCCUCUGGCCUCCGUCGUAAGACGAGAGAAAGGGAGAGCGAGGGGAAGGAAGUAGUAGCUCGUGCCCACGCAGGCAGGGAGUGAGUCUGUCAGUGUGUAUAUAAUAGGAGACAACGUUACCGUGUCUCCCCUCCCCUCCCCUGGGCCUGCCUCUUCUUCUUGGCCGAUAGAGAGAGAGAAAGAGAAAGUUCAUGCGACUCUUCUCUUGUGAAUUUUGUGGUUGGAAAGUCUGAGACGGUGUUUUAAUUGCGAAAGUUGGAACCAUUGAAUAAAUCAGUAACUAUAAGAGGAGGUUGUCUCGUAAGAGUAUAUAAGGGAUAGCAGUAAUUCGUGGCAUUGAAGACAAUCCCAAAUAUUACAUUUGCGUGUUCGAGGACAAAACUGGAAAUCGUCCCUUAAAAGUAUUUGCAGAAUAGUACCAAUUCGAGGUGAGACAGUCUCCAAUAUCACAUUCCUGCGUCGAAAGAAAAGUCUGGAAAUCGUCGUUGCUUGAAAGAAAUAAGGAAGAGAACAUUUCCGUUCGCUUCCCAAUUACCCGUAAUCCUGCCGCUUCCGAAUCUCUCCUCAUUUUUCGCCAUGUCUACCAAAUGCACAGUCGCUCGGAGGAAAGGCCGACAGUUGCGGCAGCGGCAGAUACCCAUCUCUGCCCCGCCGCUGUCCUCCUCGAAGUCCGUCUGCUCCGGCAGCGCUGGGGAGACGACCUCGUCGUCGUCGUCGUCUUCGUCAUCAGCAUCGUCGACGUGUUCCUCUUCGUCUGUUGCAUCAAGCAUCAGCGGGUCGUCGGGCGUCCAAGAGAUCACGCCUCCCAGACAGCGCCGUCGACGACCACAUCGCAUCAUGCAUGAGAUGCUGCACGUGGCUCGGGAGUGCUCGAACAGGGAAAGCGGUGGUCCUCUCCUCACCUUUGGGGAGUUCUGUCUUUUCACAACGGAACUGCGACAAUGUUACGACAAAGAGACGCCACGACCAGCACUCUUGUCCAAACUCUCAGACAAGAACAAUGGGGAGAAGAAAAGAAGUGAACGGAAGAUGUCAAAAUCAUCGCCAAAGUAUGAGGUCUUCUUAGGUGGGUCAUGUAAUCCCACGACAUGGCGACAAAAUGUAGCCAUUCCCAUGUUGAAGGACCAGGGCAUUUCGUUUUAUAAUCCUCAAGUAUCUCAUUGGGAGGAAGCCUUGGUAGAACUAGAAUAUCAAGCAAAGCAAACAGCCUCUGUCCUUUUCUUCGUCCUGGAUCGGUCCACCCGAAAUGUUGCCUCAAUGGUUGAAGCAGCAUAUAUGGCUGGUUGCCGUCGGAAGUUAGUGGUGGUUAUGGAUUCCUACACGGGACCUGGGCAGCUUAUUUGUGGAGAGCCAAUUUCUGAAUCAGAAUACCAAGACUUGACAGAAGGCCUCCAGACAGUCCAAGAUCUGGUUGAGAGGCAGGGAAUUCCUGUUUUUGGGGAAAUCAAUCAUGCUCUGAACUGUACAGCAAAGAUAUUGCGGGAGAAUCUUCGACCCCAAGAUUUAGGUGUUGACGAUCAUGUACAACCAGUUAAAUAUCCCUACCUCCAGUUAGGAGAUAAGUUAAUAAAACUUCAUGAUGCCUUUGUAAACACUAAUUCUGAGCACAUAACUUUAGCUGAUGCCCGUGUUAUAUACAAGGUGGUAACCAACAAAGAGCUUAGUCCAGAGGAACUGAAAGAAAUAGUUGCUGCAAAAAAAGGCAUGGAUGUCCAGGAUUUGAAUGGUGCAGAAUUACCUUUGAAUGAAGUGCAUUUGACUUUUGAUGAGUUUUGCUGUAUUGUAGCUGAGUUCAAAAAUCAACGGCUAGAGAGCAGAAGACUUUGGGAUGUUUUCACUCAUUCAGUGAUGUCACCAAUCCAGAAAGUCAUUGGUUGGGCAUUACCCAGAAGACCGUUACGGCCACUAAAUAGUACUGGUGGUCGAGAUGUUUAUCUUGGUGGUUCAGUAGGCAAUAGAGUCACAUGGAGAGAAGAUAUUGCCAUUCCGAUGUUAUUAAAACAUGGUUUGUCAUACUUCAAUCCCGCCGCUAGUGCGUGCUCAGGACGGCUUUUGCCUAUGGAAGCAGUAUUAAUGGAUCACUCUAGGGUUUUGCUUUUCGUCAUCACAAAUAACACACGGGGAAUUUCAGCUAUGGCACUGGCUUCACACUACAUUGGGCUUGGUUGUAAUGUUGUUUUGUGUGUGCAGACUUUAACAGAAGACAGCGUUGUAAAUGGUGAACAGCUGUCUCAGUUGGCUAUGAAGGAUUACAACAGAGGGAGACAUUACCUUACAGACCAAGCAAAUAAAGAUGGAAUACCAAUUUUUAUUAAUAUUCAAGAAGCUGUUGAGUGCGUUAUAAAUAAGUGCCGUGCAAGAUAGUAUGACUUCGAUGGAUCUGGGGAAUUUAUCAUUUUGAAGAGAAGUCCUAAGUGAUGGGUAUCAUGAAGGCACCCUCUACACAUUGUAGAUAUUGUAUCUACAUUGGGCUUUACUUUUGGAUUUUGGUCCAGUUUAUUAUACAAUUUGCUGUAAGCCGUUUUUUUUUUUAGAAAGCUGACAAAGCUCGUCACUAAUUUGGCUAAAUAUGCAAGUGAUACAACAGAAGUUGAAGCGCUCCAGCCAUGGAACCUGUGAAGCAGCUGCAGUAAGUAAAUUUCAGUCUGUUAUCAGUCCAAGUUUCAGAGAAAGUCAGCCAGUAAAGUGAACUUGAUAAAUCUUGAUACAGUGAUUGUAUUGUUUUUAUAUUCAAGGUUUCUGUUUCACAUGUGUAAUGAUAUUGAAGCAGAUGAAAAACAUAACAAAGUAUCAGAAGUGCAGCUUCUGUGCAACAAAUGCAGGCAGCAAUAGACAUGAUGUGCAGUUCAUUGAGUUGUGAUGUGCUGAUCAAAAUAUAUACCUGUACAUGAGCAACAUACAAUGUUAUGCUUUAAAACUUUCUAUAUUUAUUUAAGUUCUUCAUAGAAAAUAUGAAAUUAUUCAGUGCUUCACAGGAACUUUCAUAGAAAUGUGUAUUCUACAGUGAUAUGCUGUGAAGUGAACAUGGGAAUGACAUCUAAGUGUAACCUUUGCUUUGAAGUACAGUUGUAUUUCCUUUAGUUGCAGUGACUAUUUUGCACACUUACCGGCUUGCUAAUGGAUUACAGUGUGAACUUUGAGCAAGAGGUAGAAAGAAUACUCAUACUUCCGUACUGAAUUUAAGCAAAUAUAAGUAGUUUGUAAUGUGUACAAUAAUAUUGAAUAUCAGAAACUAAAAAAGUGUACCAAAAACCCACUGGCUGGUAUUCAUACAAAUAUUUUGAAAAUAUUUUUCCUGCGGUUUCAUUUGUUCUACCAUUUAUUUUCAUGUGAAAACUAUGCAACAGUUUUGAUUGAUGGGAAAAGAGAUCAUGAUCAAAGCCAUUAAGAGCACAGGUGUUUUGCAUAAAUGGCUUCUCAGGGUAAAGGAAGACAUGUAAUGAAAGAUGUUGAUUAAUUAAGGUAGAUCUCUGCUCAACUGAAAAUCAUAGGACAAGCAAUUUUAUGGCAGAAAUACAUAGUAACAAGGCACAGGAGUUGAAGUACAACAGUAUUCAAGGAAGUUUUAUUGUCCUUGGAUGGGUUAUGCAAUAAACUGAAUAGUUUGUUUUCUUGACAUGAGUGUGCAUGACAUCCUGUGAGUUGCAUAUCAGUAAAGCAGGAGGAUUCUCACUAGGUUGUACAAUGUAUGGCAUGCCACUUACAAAUACAUUCCUGUUGUUGAGUGUUUUUAAUGGUGCUUGUGUAUAUGGAGGGUCACUGUUAUAUGGCAGCUUAACUGAAAGAUGCAAAAUAAAAAAACAGCUUCAAGCUCACUGGUUCAGCUAAAUCACUGUCAUUCCAUUUCCUUAUAGAUUAUGUAGCUGUUGACAGUGUUGGUAGUCUACAACCCACCGUAUGCUAGAAAGAAUUUAUCUCUUGCAGUAGCAAGUUACCAUUUGCAGGUCCACGAAUCUUUUUAUAGAUCCUUGGGCUCCCAAAUAUACUUACACUGCAGUACUGUGUCGUAAAGCCUUGAAAGUGGCCAUGGUAUUUAUGGUGUAGCUAAUUUAAUGUAUGACAUGCUUUUUGUUUUGCUUUGAUCCAGAAUGGGCUGCUUUUCAAGUGUCAGAGGAGGAGAGGGAUAUUAAACUCACAAAGCCUAAUUCUCAUAUAAUAAAAGGCAGUAGUCAUCAUUAUCCAUUACUUUGAAUAGUCAUUAGCAGAUAUUUUUGUAUCUUUGUAAGAGACAUGUGAUCAUAAAUUACAUUAGUAAAUUAAAGACAUAGUAAAAGAAAUUCAGUCACAUGAAUAUGAAAGACUGAAAGACUUUUUGAAUGCAAACAUUUGAAAGCUUAAAAGCUAAAAAAUGUACUUAUUCAGUAUUGAACAAAUACAUAUUACAGAGGUAAUAUAUGUUUCAAAUUUUUGGUUUUAAAUAGCAUCCAGUGAUGUUGCUUCUAAAGGGACAAAUAUAUCAAACUCAUUUUAUGAUCUUGAAAGUUAGAAUUAUAUGUCAUUCAUACAAAUAAAGUGUGCAAAUGGUAUGACCAGCUGGGUGUGAGAAUUAUUAUUGUAAUUUGAUUUGAAUGUCAUGUUAGUUUUAAAAUUGUUCCUGUAUGUCCAUACUUAAUAUUAUUGUAUUGUAGAUAUUUUAAAAGGCAUACAGGAUAUUCACUUUGUAAAUUGUGAAAUAUCCAAGGCAUAUUUUUUAUAGUUUCUUACUUGAAAAUUUUAUAAAAAUUCCUUUCCUUACAGUAACUUGAGAUUGCUCUUACUGUGAAUGUGUGUAGUACAUAGCAUAGUACUUGUUUGAUGCACUUAAGAUUGUUUUUUAUUUAUUCACAAGACAAAUUAACAUGAUUGCAUCACAUAUUAAAGUGAUCAGUAUUGUGCUCUUAUUGUUGGGAAGGUAGCUAGAUGAAAAUUUCAUUUAUGACAUCAUGCCAACUCAUCAUCAUAACCUACAAAAAGACUUGAAAAAGCCAAUUGAGGUGUUUUUCACUUAGUUGGUUUUUCAUACUGAAGCCAUAUUCCAUUUUAAUUUGAUUAUAUUCUUAUUCAUGAAAAUUUUAUUUUCUUGCUUUUACGUCAGUUAAUUUUAAUAACAGAAAUAUGAGUAGACAAUUACAUGACUCAUUAUUAUUCAUAUUUCCUGUGGUAAAAUUCUACCUAGUAUGGUUAUAAAGUAGUAAAUUUCCAAGAUGGUAAUUUCUUAGAUCAGGUUCUAUGUAUAGGUAUCUUAUUUAUUUUUUAUAUGUAAUUUUUGUAAGGACACAUAAGCAAGCCCAUGUUGGAGCCCUCAUUAUAUAUAAUUGUGAUUGUUAGCAAUAAUUUACAUACAUCAUUUCAGUGAUAGACCUUGUCAUAUUUUGUUGCAUUCAUUAUACAUAAUAAUCUUGUAUAUAUAAUUAUGUAUAGAUUAUUUUUACAAGAAUCAGUAUCUUGCAUUA